AUGACAUGCAUGAAAAAUCCUUUCUUCAAUGAAAAUCGAAAAGAUAACAAUCCUCGGUAUGAGGAACAUCUAACUAAGAAAGAGAAGAAGAAUAAGCAAUGGGAUGCAAUAAUCCUCCAAAUGGAUGACCUGGGUGGAGAUGAAGCUAAAAUGGCAAGGGCCAUGAAAAGACAGCCAGAUGAGAUACUCAAGAGGUUGGGGGUGAAAAGGGAACAUCUGUAUUGCACUGAUACAAGUUCAUGUGAGCCAACUAGUAGUGGUACCAGCAGACCAUCAACCCCAAAGUAUAGCCCACCAAACAUGAGAAAUUUUGAGAAGAAUACAACCAAUGAAGAAGGACCAUGGAGUAACAAUGGUAGGUGGAGAAAUGUGCAUAGUGAGUAUUAUCAAAAUGAUGGAGGUAAUAAUAGAGGUUACAAUCCAAAUUAUGGUGGUAAUUAUAAUAAUGGAAAUGGGAAUGGAAAUGGUAAUGGUAACAACAAUUGGAAUAAUGGAAAUAACAACAAUGGUAAUAACAAUAAUGACAAUGGUUAUAAUGGUAACAACAAUUAUAAUGGUGGUGGAAAUAAUGGCAAUCAUGAUACUGUUGAACAACAUGUUAUGAAUGUUAAAAAUACCAUUGAAGAGUUUGAAAUUCCACAUGAGGAUGUCUUCAUGAAGUUGUUUGUUCAAUCUCUAACACAAGAUGUCGGGGAAUGGUAUCAAAGUCUACCUGAUAGGAGCAUCAGUAGUUGGCAGGAAUUUGUUACUUUAUUUUUGGAGGAGUUUGGUGAUCAUAAUGAUCCCUCAUUUGCUUCUCAUGAAUUGACUAGUAUCAAGAAAAAUCAAAAUGAAUUUAAAACACACAAUGAGAUUUUAUCUCAUAAAGCUGCCACACUGCAACAAGCCUAG